GUCUCUCGCUUCCGCCUUUUUCCUUCUGCUCCUCGCCCGUCCAUUCUUCUUCUCCUCCCCUCCCACUCCACUCCCUCCUCCGACUUCCAUCUUUCCAGCUUCCCUCCAGCCAGCAUUUCCCCUCUCUUCGCCCAGACCAGCCUUCGCUACCGUCUUUAAUUCUCUCUCCCCCCAAGAUAUCGUAUUCGUGUGAAUCGCCUGCCCUGCAGAAUUGCCUGUCUGCAAGCUUUAUACUCCGCGACUCCACUCCACUCGACUCCAGCCUAUCCCCAUUUCAGUCGCCCUUUUCCGGUCGCUUCGGAUCGCUCGAAUUCCCCCCUCGUGAGAAACGAUUCUCACGAUCUUAUAAAUAAUCCCAUCCUUAUACCCCCCUCCUUCGCAACCUCCCACCAAAAUGCGUGCUACCUUUGCUCUGCGGAACGCUGCCCGCACCCCCCUCAUCCGGUUCCUCGGAAGACGCUCCGUGCCCCAGUCGGUUGACCACAGCCCUCGUCCUCACCCCGCCUCGCCUUCGGGAAUUCUCCCCGACUCUUUCGCCGCCUACCGCUCCAAGGCCCAGCAGCACGGUCCCCUGGGCCGGGCCUCUUUCUCUCAGGGCAUCGGUCGCAACGCCGGUGCCUCCUUGGGCCCCGUUCAGCCCAAGCAGGGUGAAUUCUUCGACCGUGCCGAGCUCCCCACCCGAUUCCACCGCCUUCCCUGGACCGAGGCCGAGAUCGAGGCCAUUGAGACCGGUGGUGCCAGCCUCUUCGCCUAGAUCCAUUGCAAUCUUCAUCCAAUGAGGGAUGACGCAACGAUAGCGGUCACGAAUCUGGCAAUUUACGAUUAUAUCCAUGUGGAGGUGGAGGACGGGCCCCUGGCCCGGGGUCGUGGCAGCCGUUACUCCCCGGCUUCCGCCAUGGGGGGUAGACCGGUGAGCUGUGGGCUGGGUCCACCUCGCAUCGUGCAAACGUGAAUGGCACAUAACCCAGGGGCCGGGAGCACCGUCGCAUACUGGUGAUGGGUCGUUUGUUGGCAAUGUCCAACCAGGAGCUCCUCCGCCCUUGACUUUUUCUUUCUCCCCCCCCCCCCCCCC